AUGCCAGCGAUUGUCGUAUGGUUUCUCCGGAAAGCGAGUAACCGUGCGCGGCAUGACGGUGCACCCUUUCUGGCCCCUCAGGCCAUUCAUGACAUCGACAGCUUCGUAGUGCAAUUGGGUCGGGCCCUUCUGCCUGAGCAUUGCAUUCGAGAUCUGGAGCACCCUUGGGCUCCGGUGGCAAAUUCUCGGCCCAAGCGGCUUAAGGUUUGUGCGGUGGCCUGGUCGAAACCCCCGCUUCACAAAUUGAAACUCAACAUAGACGCUAGCAUCUCUGGUGCAAGAGCCGUGGGUAGAGGGCUAGUUCACGAUCACACGGGCCGUUUGGUGUUUGCCUUCUAUAAGGAGUUUGGGGAGGUGGACACCCUCACUACGGAGGCCCUCUCCUUAUGGCAUGGGCUUUUGCAUUGUAGGGAUAGGAACCUUUCCGAUCUUCUCGUCGAGGUCGAUUCGGAGGCCUUGGUUCGUUUGUUGCAGUUUGGUGCCACAGCCAAAUGGCCUUUGUGCAACACCUUGCGUAGCACUCGGGGCUUAUUAGCAAAUUUGUCAUCCACGGUACGGCAUGUUUUCCGAGAGGCGAAUAGUUGCGCAGACAAGAUAGCAGGGGGAAAGUUCCAAGGAGACUCUAUCUUCUUCUCGGUCCGGCAGCUUCCGCCUGCUGUUCAGGUAGCCAUGCAUAUGGACCGCUGGGAGGUCCCUUGUCUUCGUUUCUGGGUUGUAAAAUAA